AUGGCCGAACUGUUUCGGGACACUGUUGCUGGUCAGCUAUUGCGGCUAAUCACGGGCAAAAGAAUUCUUCAGUACCCUGAAGAACGAGACGCGUCCAUAUGGCAGAAGUAUGUUAACCUCGAAAAGUCUACCAACAUGGCCAUGCAUGGCAGCACCGAUCCGCCUGCCGCAGAGGAAACGGGAGAGCUUGCUACACGUGCUCCGUCUUAUGACAGGGCGCAUCGCCAUUCAGAACAAUCGCCUUCUUCGAGCUCGUCGUCAACAACGUUCGAGGAUGGCAAUGGCCUUGUCAAUACCGUCAGUGAACAAAAAGUCGAUGUAGAGAACGGACGAGUCGCAGAUAUUGUCGAUUGGUAUGGGCCGGACGAUCCUGAAAACCCCCAAAACUGGAGCAUAACCAAAAAAAUCUUGGUCACAUUCGAAAUCUGCCUACUCACGUUCUCAGUCUACGUUGGGUCAGCCAUCUACACGGCCGGGAUCCCGGAUGUCAGCAGAACCUUUGGAGUCAGUGAAGUGGCUGCCACUCUUGGUCUCACUCUCUUCGUCCUAGGCUAUGCUAUUGGUCCAAUGCUCUGGUCUCCUAUGUCGGAGGUUCCUCAGAUCGGUCGCGGCCCGAUUUACAUCGGAACCCUUGCGCUUUUCGUCAUCUUGCAAGUUCCCACCGCAUUGGCGACCAACUUCGGCAUGCUUUUGGCGUUCCGCUUUCUCACCGGCUUUAUUGGGUCUCCUUCAUUGGCGACCGGCGGCGCUUCUAUUGCUGACAUGUAUACACCGUCCAAGCGGACGUAUGGCAUGGCCGUGUGGGGUAUUGGCGCAGUGUGCGGCCCGGUCCUAGGUCCUCUCAUCGGCGGGUUCGCGGCCGAGGCCAAGGGGUGGAAAUGGACAAUCUGGGAGCUCAUGUGGCUGUCUGGCUUUACCCUCGUGCUUUUGACCUUUCUCAUGCCCGAGACUUCAUCGGCCAAUAUCCUCUAUCGACGUACGAUGCGACUCCGCAGGCUGACGAGCAACGGGAAACUGAUAUGCGAGCCUCAACUCAUCGGGGAACAGAUGACCGGAAAGGACAUUGUCAUGAUGGUCCUGGUCCGGCCGUUCACGUUAUCAUUUACAGAACCCAUGGUUUUCCUCUUGAACAUGUACAUUGCUCUCAUCUACGGCCUCCUGUACAUCUGGUUCGAGAGCUUUCCAAUCGUGUUCUCCGGAAUCUACCACUUCAGCCUUGGACUCGAAGGGACCGCAUUCCUGGGCAUCUUUGUCGGGGUCUUGAUUACUCUCCCGCCAUUUGUCUGGUACCAGAUGAAGUACAUUGAGCCCAAAUUCAACGACAAAGGCGAACUGCAGCCCGAGUGGCGACUUCCUCCGGCAUUUGUUGGCGCGUUUGCCAUUCCCAUCUGCAUGUUCUGGUUCGGAUGGUCAGCCAGACCGGACAUACAUUGGAUCAUGCCCAUCAUUGGCACGGGCUUUUUCAGCAUUGGAGCUUUUCUGCUCUUUAACAGUGCACUCAACUAUUUGGCAGAUGCCUAUCCCUUGCAUGCGGCGAGCGUGUUAGCAGGGAACGACUUGUUUCGAUCCUCAAUUGGCGCUGGGUUCCCGCUCUUUGCGUCAGCCAUGUACAAGAAGCUUGGGGUCAAUUGGGCCAGCUCUACGCUUGGGUUCCUCGCGAUUGCAUUCAUUCCAAUCCCUUUUUUGUUGUUCAAGUUCGGCGAGCGAUUGAGAAGAGCUAGCAGAUAUGCUCAGAAGGACUACUAG